AUGUUCUUUUUCUCCUUUCCCGCUACCACUCUUCUCACGUGGGGUGCAGCGGGUCUCAUUGGAGUCCUUUUACUGGCCGAUGGCUUGUACAGUGCUCUUGCACCUGUUCCACUCCAUUAUUCCCUCUUCUAUAAUAAACAUAUGGUCUUCGGUCUCAUCUUGGCGGGCGUCCUGCUGAUUUUAAUCUCCCUGCCCCCGCUUCAUUCUUAUUUUCGCGAAAGCACCGUCGGAGGAAAGAGGUCUCUGCCACCUUUAGCUCCACUACCCCCUCAAUUCGCUGAGGUUGUCGCCCGGGCGGGUGAGGGAGGAGGAGAACAAAGUCGGCAAGGCUCUGCGCACCCCACCCUCCCACCGCUGUCUUUGGAUGCUGCCAUCCAUAUCUUAGGGGCAGAUGUAUCCCACGGCUUAUACUCUGUCGAGGCACGAGCACGACUCCUUCAAUGCGGUCCCAACGAGGUCAGCACGUCCGACGCGCCCUCCUAUUUAUCGAUCUUCUUGAAAGAACUCUACGAAGGACCGCAGUUGUUGCUGGUGGUGGUCGGGGUGGCUUAUGCCCUGGUCGGGGCGGGGCAGGCAGUGCCCGCGGACGUCUUUCUUCUCUCGGCGUCUUCGCUGGAAAUCGACGAGGCGGCUGUGACGGGAGAGAGUAUUCCAAACCCCAAACGAGUCGGCGUGCGAGCAGGGAGAGGGAGAGGAGGGGAAGAAGGAGGAGGGGGUGGGGGAGGGGGAGGAGAGGGGGAGGAGACCGGGUCGUCCGUGCUGUCAGUGGUGGUGAUGGGCGAAGGCGAGGGGGGAGGGAAAGGGGAGGGCCAGGAAAGGGAGGGAAAGGAA